ACGAGUUUUUCCUAUGGGAAAAUAACAUGGGAUAUGUGGUUUUUAACUUUAACGCAUUUCAAUACCCAUCCCCUUUUCAGAAAUUGUUAAUAUAGUGCAGAGGAGACUUCCGAUAUGUUUAAAUUGAGAAAAACAAGAUCCUCUUUUUAGAAAAUAAGCCUUACAUUUUUUUUAAAGUGCCAAAGUGGGGCCCUAAUCCACAAUUUCUUUUAGAGAGUUGGAUUGAUAUUUUACUAUCAUGGGGACUUCACUUGAAAGAAAACAUAUUGUCCUGAUAAAAACCACUGUAUUUAUGGCAAAUUUUUGCCUUGAAUCCAAUUACUCUGUAUGGAGCAAAAGUGAUGGCAAAUGUAAACUUUGUAGUAUGAAUGUACCUGAAGACUCACAACAUAGGUUGCUGUUGUGUGAACAUUUUAAAGAAGAACGUGAAUCUUUCUUCUACAGUGUUUGUAAACAAUGUCCCUCCGAUUUAUUUUCUAAUAUCAACAAGUGUAAUCUGACGGAGAAAUUGACUUUUCCAAAAUGGGGGCAAGACUAUUUUAGAUUAUUUGACAGCAUUGUAAAACGCCAUAAUCCAAUUGUACAAGCCCCGAGAUUUAUGUCUAUGAUUACAUAUAACAUUGUUUUAAAGAAAUUAUACAUGACUUUGUAUAUUUUUAUUCAUACUGUAUAGUUGUAUCUAGCCGCACUGGGUAAUAAUCCAUGUGCCACUGUUAUAAAAGUGUUGGCAAAUAAAUGAAUAAAUAAAUGCACAGUUAAACAGUGAUGAAGACCAUGACUUUUGUAUACUGGGUUCAUUGUUUCUUCCUUUUACUAAGAGGAGACAUCUUCCCCAAGGUUGACGUUCCUAAAAGCAAGUGGAAAAAACCUGAUCAAUCAGUAAUGUAACCAAUCCAUUUUUUACCUCAAAUUCCAUGCAUAUCAAUUUUUACUAACGCUUCAAGUAAAGGACC